CAAUAUAACAUUAUAAAUACUUAUCAUAAAUAGAGGUAGAGUUGUGACGAAUGUAGGGCAAUUGCUCAUAUGACAAUACCUCACCGGACAGUACCUCACCGGACAAUUGCUCACUCACUGGACAAUUGCUUACCAAUAAAAAAUGGCGUCGUUUUUGAGGGGGUUGCAGCUACUACCAAGGAUUGGACAAAGAAUACUGCAGAUCACCUCUUCCAUUCCUGCUCCUCCUGCUCCUCAUCUGAACCUUCUUAACACCAGACUGCUGUCAUCAUCGCUCACAUGCCAGUGUCCUGAAAGACGACUGCUAUCAGGCCCUGCAAUACUAGCAGCUUGGAACAACCAGGUGUUGACUUGCUUCUCUCCCCCGCUGCAGCAGCCGCCAUGUCGCACAUACAAAGUGAAGACGGCACUGAAACGGCGCUGCUCGGGGUGCUAUUUUGUUAAGAGACAUGGCCGUCUUUUCGUUGAGUGUAAAGUUAAGCCUCGUCACAAACAAAUGCAGAAAAUGAGAAGACACAAGCUAUAUAAAGAAGAUUACUCCAAAGGUCCUAUUCAGGCAGCUGUGAACUGGCGCUGGAGAAACGACAGAUACUACUGGUUGGGCGAUAAUAAAUUUGCAAGGCAUGAUUGGUUAGACGGGAAAAUAGGCCGAACAGUUUAGAUCUGUCUGUGACUGGACUCAUUUCAGUGGAAGGUGUAUCUGCAGUGGUUUAUAUGCUGUCAGCAUGGCUAUAUCAGUGUGAAUAAAUACAGUUUGUGUUUACUAUAAAA